AGGAUGGAAAAUGUGCCCAAUACUAUUUAGCCUGAAGAUAAUGUAGGAACUUCACAAUGACCUUUAUUGACCUUUGAUCAUGAACAUUGAUCUUUCCCUUCGGAGUAAGGUCAUCCUGUCUCUUGGUGUUCCAGCCACAUGCCUCUUACUGUAUUGGUUGCUGAGGAACCGAGACGAAGAAGAUGAGCAAGAUGAGGAUCAACAAAGAGUUACUACCUCAAGGCAGACAGUUAUUGAGAUCAAAGUCCCAUCCAAGGCUGUUGGACCAAUGAUCGGCAGACAGGGAGCUAAUAUCAAAAAGCUACAGGAACAGACAGGGACGAGGAUCUGUUUCAAAGAUGACUCUAAGCAUGAUCCAGGGGCAGAUCGCACACUAGUGAUCCGAGGGUCAACAGCCCAGGCACAGGAGGCAGAGCUACUUGUCAGGAGGACUAUCAGUGAAAUACCAAAAGUACUGACAGAGGAGAUUCAAGUACCAAUCAAAGCUCUCGGCAGAAUUAUAGGCAGAAAUGGAGACAGCAUUCGGCAGAUAACUCGUUCAUCCAACACACGCAUUUAUAUAGACCGGGCUAGAGACGAACCACGUGACAUCACAAAACAAGUCUCCAUCACAGGAAGUCAGGAGCAGAUAGAUAUUGCCAAGAGUCUCAUUCAAGAAAAAGUGAACGAGGAAGAAAUAUUUCGUGCUAAAGCAGCAGUGAUGGCAGCCAAUCGGGAGCAGCGUAACAAACAGGUUUCAAGACCGGUGCGGCACACUGACCAUGUACAGGCAGAGAAGCAUUCCAUUGAUCCAGAUGACAUAUCUAAAAGUCCAUCACCACAACAACAUGUUAUUUCCCUGGCAACACAUGUUAAGGAAUGGCCGAAGCAGGAGUAUGUAGAGGUGUAUGUAUCGUCCGUGGCCGACCCCAAUCACUUCUGGGUACAGCUCAUCUCAAGCAAUGCAAUUCAUCUUGAUGAACUUGUCCAGCGGAUGUCCAGUCUAUACAAUACUGACCACUAUAAGAACAUGUCCGAUAAUCAGUAUAAUGUCGGGGACUUCGUCGCAGCAUUGUAUGAACAAGACAACUCUUGGUACCGUGCACAAGUAAUGGGAAUAGAAGGGAGACAACUUGACCUGUAUUUCGUGGACUUCGGUGACAGUGGCUAUACUGAUGUCAAUAAUGUUCGUUUACUCAGGGACGAUUUUCUUGUGUUACCUUUCCAAGCUGUCCAGUGCUGUCUAGGAGAGGUCAAGGCUAAAGGCGAGGACUGGACAGAGGAAGCUGUGAAUUUCUUUGAGGAUAUCACCUAUACUGCUAAAUGGAAGGUCCUCAUGGCAAAGAGGAUAGGAACAAAAAGUACACAGGAGAAUGAAGUGAUACAAAUAGUUCAGCUCAUAGAUACAAACUCUGACGUGGAUAUCCAUAUUGCACUUGAGCUUAUCAAACAUGGAUUUGCGGAAUUGGCUUGAAACAGAAGCUUGAAAUAGGUCACAGAAGCCAAGGCCACCUGAAUUUGAAGAUGUGUUUUAAUACAAAAUAUUCCUAUUUCUUUUGUGCUGUAGUUUAACUAUAUCUUAACUCACAACUGAGAAGUUUUAGAUUAAUUUUAUUCCUGUUUACAAUUGGAUUUUGAUUUGUUAAUCAUUUUUGUAUAGAUCUGGAGUCUCCCUAAUUUCAAAUUGUCCUUAUAAUUCCUAAACCAUGGAAAUUAAUUAGAAUUCUUGUCUUACAGAAUCUGCAAAAUCAUCACAUAUGACACCAUGCUGAUGAAGGUGUAAAGAAAGUUUGUUUUCACUGAUUAUUUUCUAUCCAUAUUUUAAAUUUGAUAAUUUGAUAGAUAUUCAUAUUGGUUUUGUAUCUAUUAUAGAGACUGGUAUAUCUCCCUACUGAUUGUGGUGACAAGAUGAUUUUGUUAGGGAUAUGUUCGUUUUAUUAAUGACAAUGGAUUUGGUACAAAUCUUGUGUAGAUAAAUUAUACCUGACUUUUAAGUUGGAGGUCAGGAACAGUUUGAGUUCAUAGUGGGAUCAUCAAGGUCAUCAAGGUCGAGGUUGAUGCCUAGUGUCAAGGUUCAAUCAUAUUGUUGCUAAGUAACUAGAAUCGACCAACAUUGAAGCAUUUCAUGAAAGUUUUUGAUUCAAUUUAUAAGGUGUGGUCUUAAUUUGUAUAAUCAAAUAAUGACAGCUUUAAGAGGUACAUGUGAAAUGAUGACAUGUUUCACAGGUACUCAUAAAAAGAUGACAGGUUUCACAGGUACACUUGAAAUGAUGACAGGUUUCUUAGGUACACAUGAAAUGAUGACAGCUUUCACAGGUACACAUGAAGUGAUGACAGCUUUCACAGGUACUCAUGAAAUGUUGACAGGUUUCUCAGGUACACAUGAAAUGAUGACAGCUUUCACAGGUACACAUGAAAUAAUGACAGGUUUCACUAAUAAUCAUGACUUCUUGAAACAUCUUUUUUGCACACAGAAGUUGAUGUAAUUUUUGAGACAUUUAAAAAGUAAACAAGAAUUGAAAAUGUUUUCAAAAAGUGCCUAAGAAUAUAUUGAAGACUAUUGUAAUUAGGGCAUUCAGUUGACCCUUGAAAUCUGGCAAUUUCAUCAGUCAAAUCACAAAUCAGAAAGGUAGUUAACCUCAGAAUAAAGAGUUAAACAUCAUUUUUUGGCAUGAAAAACUUUCGAGUGUCUACUGAAUGUUCUAAACUAUAUUAUACAUACAUCAUAUUCAAGAAAACGUUUCUUUCAGUGAUGUGUAAUGUUCUUUCUUUUUUUCGUUAUUAGUGAAAAUGAUCCUUUUCUUUAUUAAGUGAUAAACACAUUGAUAGCAUUUACUGAAGGACAUUAUGGAUAUUAUAUAUAGUAUUGGUGUAGCGCAAUGUUGUGUUGUGUCUGUGUGUCAGGUCUGAUGAUAAGGGGAGGUAAUAAAGUGGUUUAGUAGAUGUGAGAAUGUCAAGAUUGUCAAAAAAUUACAAUACAAGACUGAUUUAUACUUGUUUUUGGAUGUCGUUAUACUGUCUGCAAAGCUGUGUGUCAGGUAUCAGGGCAAGGGUCAUGGUUUGGUGGGGGAAGGGGGGAUCAAAAGGUAGAGAGAAAGGUAGGGGAGUUGGAGUGUAUGGAGAAAUGACAACUUGGAAAUUUUA